AAACUUUUUACAAGUGGGCAUAUACAAUACAGUUUUCCAUAAAAAGAACAGCCAUACAAUCACAACAUCAGAACGCUCUGGAGUCGACCGUGGACUUCGAAAAUUUUCUUCAGCGGCAGCGCUAAACCAUAACGCAAUGGCGGCGGCGGCGAGUGUAUGCGUGACCGGCGCGGGAGGCUUCAUCGCGUCUUGGCUCGUGAAGCUCCUCCUCUCCCGUGGCCAGUACGUGGUCCGCGGCACCGUGCGCGACCCUGGUGCUAGCAAGAAUGCUCAUCUCAAGGAGCUGGAGCGGGCUGGGGAAAGAUUGCAGCUUCUCCAGGCUGAUUUGUUGGACUACAGCAGUGUUGCAUCAGCAAUUGCUGGCUGUGAGGGUGUCUUCCAUGUAGCUUGCCCUGUCCCUUCUGGUCGGUCCUCCAACCCCGAGGUGGAGGUCAUAGGUCCUGCUGUAGUAGGAACAACCAAUGUGUUAAAAGCUUGCUAUGAGGCAAAAGUUAAGCGAGUUGUGGUGGUGUCUUCUGUUUCAGCUGUAUUCAGUAACCCUAAUUGGCCUAAGGACAAGGUCUUUGAUGAAGAUUCUUGGUCAGACGAGGAUUAUUGCAGGAAGAAUGAGGAUUGGUAUUAUCUUUCUAAAACUCUAUCCGAACGUGAAGCUUUUGCUUUUGCAGCAAAAUCGGGGCUGGAUGUUGUAACUAUUUGCCCGUCCUUGGUAUUUGGACCCUUGAUGCAGUCUAUAGUAAAUACGAGCAGUAAAGUACUCCUUAAUUAUUUCAAAGGAGAUCGUGAGACUGUUGAAAACAGACUCAGAAAUAUGGUGGAUGUUCGUGAUGUUGCUGAUGCUCUUGUUCUGGCUUACGAAAAUCCAGAAGCAUCUGGACGAUACAUCUGCAGCUCACAUCCAUUAAAAGUUUCUGAUAUGAUAAACAUAUUGAAGACCUUAUAUCCAUCUUACCCUUAUCCUAAAAACUUUGUGGAAACGGAUGGCAACAUCACCUGCAGUUCUGAGAAACUUCAGAAGCUAGGGUGGACCUUCAGGGCUAUAGAGGAAACCCUGCGUGAUAGUGUUGAAUCCUACAAAGCAUUUGGCAUCCUUAACUGAGCAUCCGACUGGGACAGUGAGACAGCAGUUCCAACAGUCCAAUCCCUAUCUCGUUCAUAUAAACCGUGAAACAGAACAUGCUGUUCAUGUAAAUUUGCAAUAAAAAUUUGGGAAAUUUGUAGCCCUCUACUGAACACUUGAUCCCAGCAAGAGGCUUGCAAGGUUGUGUUGUCUGGUCUGAAAAAUAUGCUAUUCUGAGGCUGUUUGGCACUGCUCUACUCUUUAUUUUUCAACUCUGCUCCAUUCUUGAUUUAUCAAACAUCCUCAACUUCAGGAUCUC